AUGGGGCUGAUUUUCCAAAUUUUUGUGAUCCAAAUUUUUUUUAUCCAACUAUUUGUGGUGUAUUCAUAUCUUAUAACUGAUACACAUGAAUUUUUUGAACGAUCACGACGAACAGUCGCGAUAAAAAACGAAGAAAAACUUUGGGAUCAUGGUAUAAUUCCAUACGAAAUUGACUAUGUUUUUAGUGAAACACAACGUAAAACCAUAAAACAAGCCAUUCGUGAAUGGGAAAGGUCAACUUGUAUUAAGUUUGUAAAACGUAACCGAAAAAUCAAAACAAAUUACUUAAAGUUCACCAGGCUGAAUUGCGGGUGUUGUUUUGCCCAGUCAUCAAGUUCGAAGUAUCUUAAAUUUAUAAGUAUAUCUAACAACUGCGACUCGUUAGUAGUUCUUCUUCAUGAAUUAGGACAUGCUAUUGGUUUUGACCACGAACAUAAACGUCCAGAUCGUGAUGAGUAUGUUCAAAUUAUACAUCAAAAUAUUUUGGCGGAUAAACUUACAGAGUUUGAUAAGCUAGCACCAAAUUUGGUGAACACGUUUAAUCAAACUUAUGAUUACUACUCUGUAAUGCACUAUCCUGGGGAUUCAUAUUCGAAGUAUGAGCAUCGAGACACGAUAAUUCCUACCUCGAAAAUUGGAAAUAAUCCGCUUCCCAUUGGAGGAGGCAUCAAACUCAGUUUUGGUGACAUAGUAACAACCAAUCUUCUGUAUCAAUGCCCCAAAUGUGGAGGAACAUUAUUGGACCCCAAAGGUAUUUUUGGUCCACCAAUUAGUCAAAAUAAAUUAUUAGUAAAUGCCAACCGUUGUGAAUGGAGAAUUCAAGCUGCUGCAGGAGAAAAAAUUGAACUUCACAUCAAAGAUAUGAAUAUUCAUGAAAGUCCUGGCUGUCUCGUUGACUAUUUGGAAGUGAAAAACGGUUACGAAGCUGGUGACAUAGUAAUGAAUCGUUACUGUGGGAAAAUGGAAGAAAUCAAUUUAAUUGCGACCAAUUUUUUACAAGUGACUUAUGUUAAAACAAGUGACAAAAAUAUUGUCAAUGCUUUCAAUGUGGACUACGAGACUGUUUGUGGAGGCUAUUUCGAUGUUAAAUCAGACGCUAUUUUAAGAAUAGAAUCGACUAAUUAUCCUGACAAAUAUCCGCCGAAUACACGGUGCAUUUGGCAUCUUACUGCACCAGAUAAUCAUCUGAUAACAAUGAAAGUUAAUGAUUUAGCCCUUGAACGAAGUAAAGGUUGUCUGAAUGACUUCUUAGAAAUACGGAACGGCAAUAUCUACUCACAGCCGAUCGGGAAUUAUUGUGGUAUUGAAAACUCAUUGCUAAUAAAUUCUACAGAAAAUAAAGUGUCUAUUAUAUUUAUCAGUAAUGAUGUAGAAGAAGAUAUGGGAUUUUCCGCGGUUUUUUUGGCGAUUCCGAAUAAUUGA